AUGCUGCGAUUACUGACGUCUCUGGGUUUGAUAGCCCUAGUCGCCGCUAUUCCUGUCGACAACGGGGUUGAAGGUGAACCAGAAAUCGAAUGUGGUCCAACAUCAGUCACUGUGAAUUUCAAUACCAGAAACCCUUUCGAGGGUCACGUUUACGUGAAGGGGCUUUUCGACCACGACGAAUGUCGUAACAACGAUAGCGGACGCCAGGUGGCUGGAAUCGAAUUGCCCUUCGACUCGUGUAAUGUCGCUCGUACUCGCUCGUUGAACCCACGGGGUGUUCGUCACCACAACUGUUGUGGUCUCAUUUCCAUCUCAGUUUGUGACCAAAGUGACGGUUGCUUCUACAUGGAGGCUGACAAGACCGUAUCCACCCAAAUCGAAGUCUCUGAUCUUACCACAGCUUUCCAGACUCAGAUUGUCCCCAUGCCCGUCUGUAAGUACGAGAUUCUCAACGGCGGUCCCACUGGAGAACCCGUGCAAUUCGCCACAAUUGGACAACAGGUUUACCACAAAUGGACUUGCGACUCUGAAACUAUUGACACCUUCUGCGCUGUCGUGCAUACAUGCACGGUUGAUGACGGAAAUGGCGAUACUGUCCAGAUUCUCGACGAAAAUGGUUGCGCUCUUGACAAAUUCUUGUUGAACAAUCUUGAAUACCCAACUGAUCUGAUGGCUGGACAGGAAGCUCACGUUUAUAAGUACGCCGAUCGUAGUCAGCUAUUCUACCAAUGCCAAAUCAGCAUCUCCAUCAAGGAGCCCAACGCUGAGUGUGCUCGUCCACAAUGUGCAGAGCCAAAAGCAUUCGGAGCAGUUAAGCAAGAACAACAGGCGCAGUUCUUCCGCGUGCUGAAGAAACGGUCGACCAUCACAGCCCUCGAGAACGUUAUGGAUGUUCGCGCGGAAAUCACCGCUCUUGAAGUGCUCGAUGGAGAGCUGCCAGCAUUGCCACAAGCUGCCCGCCUCACUGCCGACCCCACCCUGAUCAGUCUCCCGUCGGAAGGAGUCUGUAUGUCGCUGCAUGUGAUGUCCGUGAUGGUCUCCGGUCUCGUGUUCCUCAUGAUCCUCGCCGUCGUCUGCACAGCGCUCUGUCUCAGAGUGAAGAAGUAUUGA